AUGGCAAAGGCUUAUGAUUUUGCACUCGACAAAGUUGGACUCGAUAUGAACUCAUAUUCGAUCUAUGCUGACUAUAUCUCGUUUCUCAAAACAGUUCCAGCAAUCGGCCAGUAUGCGGAAAAUCAGCGUAUUUCCGCGGUUCGAAAAAUUUAUCAAAGAGGGAUCUCAACGCCAAUGGUUAACAUAGAGUCGCUGUGGUCGGACUACUGCAAUUACGAGAAAAAUAUCAACCCUACUCUUGCUGAAAAGCUCAUAUCAGAAAGGAACAAAGAGUAUCAAGUGUCGAAAAAGAUAGCCAAGCAGCUCGAAACUGUUACUCGGGGAGUAAACAGACAAGCAGUGUCGGUACCUCCUCGAGGCACUGCGCCGGAGAUGAAGCAGGUGGAAAUGUGGAAGAAGUACAUACAAUGGGAAAAGAGCAAUCCCAUGGAAACUGAAGAAUACGGGCAGUUUGCAAAGCGAGUGGUCUACGCCUAUGAGCAGUCUCUACUUUGCCUCGGCUAUUAUCCUGACAUGUGGUACGAAGCAGCAUUGUUCCUUCAACAGGCAGGGAAACAGCUAGAAGAGAAAGGAGAUGUUAAGCUAGCACAGCAGAUGACCGCUGAAGCAAUGCAGCUCUUCGACAGAGCAAUUUCUGGUCUUAUGAAACACUCCCAGCUGCUGUAUUUUGCUUAUGCAGAUUUUGAAGAGGAAAGGAUGAAGUUUGAUAAUGUGAAAAAGAUCUAUGACAAUCUGCUCACGAUAGAUCACAUUGAUCCUACAUUAACUUAUAUCCAGUUAAUGAAAUUCACAAGACGCACAGAAGGUGUUAGAGCCGCUCGGGCAGUAUUUAAAAGGGCUCGCGAGGAUAACCGCUGCAGACAUCAUGUCUUCAUAGCAGCUGCUCUCAUGGAGUUUUAUUGCAGUAAGGACAAGGACGUUGCGAUGCGUGUUUUCGACUUAGGUUUGAAGAAGUACGGUGACGAACCUGAGUAUGCUUGCGCAUAUGUGGAUUUUCUUACUCAUCUGAACGAAGAUAAUAACACCCGAGUAGUCUUCGAACGCAUUCUUACAUCCGAGUCGUUGCCACCGGAGAAAUCAUCCGACAUCUGGGAUCGGUACCUGGAAUUUGAAAGUUUGGUGGGUGAUCUUGCUAGCACUCUCAAAGUGGAUGAAAGGCGAAAGGCCGCUGUCACUGGUGGAAAUGACGAAGGCACAACAUUGAUGUUAAUUGACAGAUAUCGCUUCCUUAAUUUGGUACCUUGCACUCUUGAUCAGUUGAAACUCAUGGGAUAUAACAAGUCGAAUACGGGUAUGCUUGGUGGUAUGACCGGCGUUUCGACUGGUUCUUUAAUGACUCCUCAGAGGACAUUACCAGCACCACAAGCUGCUAGUGUUGUUAUGGGUGGUGUGCCUAGUGUUCAGCUUGAAAUCGGCGGUUACCCUCGGCCUGACAUUGACCAGAUGAUUCCUUUCAAGCCGAAAGCGAACAGCGCCGCAUCAUUUCAUCCUGUGCCCGGUGGCGUAUUCCCUCCUCCGCCAGCCAUUGCGGAACUAAUCUCGAUGCUUCCCCCUCCUUGGACAUUUCAGGGACCUUUUGUUUCUGUCGACAUGUUUAUCGAACACAUCAGCAAAACACAAUUAACCGUAGGUCCAAUUAUCGACAAGAAAGUGAAGGUGGAGAAUGGAACCAUGGUUGGGCCCAUGAGAGUGGACGAUGUUCGAAAGGAGAUGUACCAGUUGCUUGCCACAACUCCUGAUCCACGAUUUGUGUCAACUCAUCUCAUAGAUCACUCUUCAUCUGCGCUUUCUACCACCAUCGGUGCAAAACGAAAGCGAGGAGAUUCAGGAAGUGAUGACGAAUCCAGGGGCAUUCCAACGGAUAUUUACAAACGUCGCAUGGAUAUGAAGGCACUGCAGCAUUGAUGAUAAUUAUGGAAAAAUUACCCGUCUUUUGUCACAGCACGUCAUUUGUGCCAGAUCAGCCUCUCAAAGAGUAGUCAUGGAACGCGCAC